AUGAGAGCGUACAGCACGGCAAUCGUUACCACGUUGCUGGCGCAACUGGCACAGUCCACAACGCCGGGUGUUGUGUUAUGGGACAUACAUAAGGAAAAGAAGCCGCAGCACUUGUCAAGGUUUCAGAAACGCGCUUCGACCUAUGAGGAAAUUAUUUCCAAUGAGCAAAUGCGCGGCGGCUACUUUGCCACAUGCCGGCUCGGUACGCCGGCACAGAACUUGACACUUCAGCUGGACACAGGUAGCAGCGAUAUUUGGGUUCCCGACUCGGGCGCCAAAGCCUGCAGCAAUGCACAAACAGGAGGCUGCAGCCUCGGAUCAUUUAGCCCCAGCAAGUCCUCGACGUUCCAUGUAGUCGGAAAGGGCCAAUUUAAUAUCAGUUAUGUGGAUGGUAGCUCGUCCAACGGCGACUACUUCACCGACGUCUUCGAGAUUGGCGGUGCUACUCUGAACAACAUGACCAUGGGCUUAGGCCUGAAGACUGACAUUCCGUAUGGGCUUGUCGGCGUGGGUUAUGACAUCAACGAAGCGAUCGUGGGGACUACUCAGUCGCUUUCAUCCGUGUACCCAAAUCUCCCGGUGAACAUGGUCAACGAGGGCUUGAUCAACACCGUUGCUUAUAGUCUGUGGCUCAAUGACCUAGAUGCCAGUGCGGGUAGCAUUCUCUUCGGUGGUAUUGACACCGAAAAGUAUGCAGGCGACCUCACGAGUAUCAAGAUCUAUCCAACUCAAGACAAUUUUUACACAUCAUUUCUAGUGGCCCUGACAUCGCUGCACGCAGUUAGCCCUACCGGAGAGGACACUCUUACCUCGAAGCAGUUUCCCGUCCCCGUCGUUCUGGACUCCGGAACCACCCUUACCUACCUGCCCACAGACCUCGCCCAGCAGGUUUGGAAGGAAGUUGGGGCAAUCUAUGCGCCUGAGUUUCAGGUCGCUGUCCUACCCUGCGACAUGAAGAGCAGCAAAGGCUAUUUUUCCUUUGGUUUUGCGGGCCCCAGGGGACCGCGCAUUGAUGUGAGGAUGGACGAGCUUGUCCUCGACAUGACGACAGGUCAGCCCCCCGUCUUUGCCUCCGGCCCCUAUGAGGGCCGCGAUGUGUGCGAAUUUGGCAUCCAAAACUUUACUUCGGCUCCCUACCUGCUCGGCGAUACUUUUCUGCGUUCGGCAUAUGUCGUGUAUGAUCUGGCAAACAAUCAAAUCGGCAUAGCUGCCACCGAGUUUAACUCGACCAAGAGCAACAUUGUUGCAUUCCCCAGCUUGAGCGCUCCAAUUCCGUCGGCCACUGUUGCGCCGGACCAGGACAAGGUCCCUGACCAACCGGCCUACACAACGCCCGCGUAUGCGGCUAGGCCCGGUUUUAUGGGCGAGGAGGGGGGUGAGGAGAAUGCAGCCGUCUGUUCACGGGGCCUGGACUGGGUCAAGACUCAGGGUCAUUCCUUUGACCUUCUGUCCCCCAUUGUCUUUGUGCGUGCUACGAAGAUGCGGGUGAUCAGGGCUAUUGCUGCCCUCAACAGCGGCCGCGCUGUCGGCUCCAGACACGCGGUGCGGACUAUCACUUCUGCCCUCGCGAGUCGCGCCGCCCUCGUUGGUGCCUCUUCGCCGCAAUGCGCCUCUCCAUACAGUUUCCAGCUGAGCGGCCUUCGCUGCUUCAGCACCAGUCAUUUUAGGGCUGCCUCCAGCGCGGCCGAGGCUGCUCUGCAGCAGGCCAAGGAGCUUGCUGCUGCGAACAUGACCCCUGAAGCCGCUGCUGCGCGUAUGAGCCCAGAGGAACUCAAGAGGAUAUCGAGGGUCCGGAACAUCGGCAUUGCAGCACACAUCGACAGCGGCAAGACCACCGUGACUGAGCGCAUUCUCUUCUACACUGGCCGUGUCAAGGCUAUCCAUGAAGUUAGAGGCAAGGACGGCGUCGGCGCCAAGAUGGACUCCAUGGAACUCGAGCGCGAGCGUGGUAUCACCAUUCAGUCUGCUGCCACCUUCUGUGACUGGAAGAAGGGCGAGGAGACGUACCAUCUGAACUUGAUCGACACCCCUGGCCAUAUCGACUUCACCAUCGAGGUGGAGCGUGCCAUGAGAGUCCUCGACGGUGCUGUCAUGGUUUUGUGCGCUGUUAGCGGUGUCCAGAGCCAGACCAUUACCGUCGACCGGCAGAUGAAGCGCUACAACGUGCCCCGUAUCAGCUUCGUCAACAAGAUGGACCGCAUGGGUGCAAAUCCUUUCAAGGCUGUCGAGAUGAUCAACAGCAAGCUCAAGAUCCCCGCUGCCGCCAUCCAGAUCCCCAUUGGUGCCGAGAAGGAGUUUGAAGGCGUGGUCGACAUCAUCAACAUGAAGGCAAUUCGCAACGACGGUCACCGUGGUAUGAACGUGAAGGUCUCGAACACUAUCCCUGAGCACUUGAAGGAGCUCGCCGAGCAGAAGAGGCAGGAGCUCAUCGAGAAGCUUGCCGACGUUGAUGACGAGAUUGCCGAGAUGUAUCUCGAGGAGAAGACGCCCACGCCCGAGCAGAUCAAGGCUGCGAUCCGGAGAGCGACCAUUGCUUGCAAGUUCACUCCUGUGUUAAUGGGUUCUGCGCUUGCCGAUAAGUGCAUUCAGCCCAUGCUCGACGCUGUAUGCGACUACCUUCCAAACCCCAGCGAGACGUACAACGUUGCCCUGGACCGGUCUAAGGGCGAGCAGCCUGUGCAGCUUCUGCCAUAUAACUCCCUACCUUUCGUCGGUCUGGCUUUCAAGUUAGAAGAGAACCCCUACGGUCAGCUCACCUACAUGCGCGUCUACCAGGGCUCGCUCAAGAAGGGCCAGUACCUGUUUAAUGCCCGCACUGACAAGAAAGUCCGUAUCCCUCGUAUCGUCCGGAUGCACGCGAACGAGAUGGAGGAUGUCAAUGAGAUUGGUGCCGGUGAGAUUUGUGCUGUCUUCGGUGUUGAGUGUGCCUCUGGCGAUACCUUCACCGAUGGUCGUCUGCCUUAUGGCAUGACGUCCAUGUACGUGCCCGAGUCCGUCAUGUCACUCAGCAUCAAGCCCAAGCGCAGCAGCGACGCGGACGCCUUCAGUAAGGCCAUGAACCGCUUUAUGCGUGAGGAUCCGACAUUCCGUCUGCAUGUCGAUGAGGAGUCCGAAGAGACCAUCAUCAGCGGUAUGGGCGAGUUGCAUCUCGAUAUCUAUGUCGAGCGUCUGCGUCGCGAGUAUAAGGUCGAGUGCGAAACGGGCAAGCCGCGUGUCGCUUACCGCGAGACCAUCACUAAGCGUGCCGAGUUCGACUACCUGCUCAAGCGCCAGACUGGUGGUCCUGGUGACUAUGCCCGCGUCAUCGGCUGGAUCGAGCCCAACUCGGAGAACCCGGAGGCCAACCACUUCGAGACACGCGUCGUUGGCGGUACCAUUCCUGACAAGUAUCUCAGUGCUUGCGGCAAGGGUUUUGAGGAGGCUUGUCUCAAGGGUCCUCUGCUCGGCCACAAGGUCAUUGGGGCGUCGAUGGUCAUCACCGAUGGUGCCACUCACGUUACCGACUCCAGCGAUUAUGCCUUCAACCUGGCUACUCAGAUGGCCUUCCGCAAGGCCUUUAAGGAAGCUGGCGGCAUUGUUCUGGAGCCUCUCAUGAAGACGACUAUCACGGCUCCUGCCGAGUUCCAGGGUAACGUUUUGAUGCUCAUGAACAAGCGUGGCAACAUUGUGGACACCGAGGUCGGCGCCGAUGAGUUCACCAUGAUUGCCGAGUGCUCUCUAAACGCCAUGUUCGGCUUCAGUACUCAUCUGCGCGCUGCCACCCAGGGUAAGGGCGAGUUCAGCAUGGAAUUUAGCCACUAUGCUCCGGCGCCGCCACACUUGCAGAAGGAGCUUGUUGCUCAGUACGAGAAGGAACUCGAAGCUAAGCGGACCAAGUAA